UACCUCCCGAUCGAGUCUUCCUGCAGUUGAAACCCGUCUUGCUACGCGGUGUAAAUCAUUAUCAUCUUUUUCAUCAACCGCUGCAACAACCAGGCUGUUGUAGACUGAAACAGGAUAUACAGCUGGGUGUUCCGUUAAGUAAAUCUGAAGUUAAAACAAUAAUUAAAUCAGAAAUCAACAAGGUGUGGCAAGAACAAUGGGAUAGGGAAAAUAAGGGGUUUUCAAUAAAGCUUUCAAAUUAAAAUUAAAAGAGCAAGGAGCAGAGGACGGAUCAGAGGCAGCGGUGAUUCGGACCCUCUGCAGAACGGUAACACGAACGAAGGGAGGAGUAUGAAAAGAGGAAGGUGCACAGGCAGCGGCGAUGCGGACCCGCCGCAGAACGGUACCUCCGACGACGGGAUGAGGGUUCGAGACCCCGAAGCCGGGGCCAGCAACACUGACAGCCUGCCCGACACGAACGAUGAGGUUGACUCGGCCCAUAGAAGAGAUAUCAGGAGCAAAUACCGGGUGCUGAUCAGCAGCAUUCAACAGAACCGAGAGGAUAUGCUGAAUAAUCGUGAUAAUAAAAUCACAGAAGUACUGGACGAAGCGAACACACUUUUUAAGGAAGUGCACCAAGCCAGAGAGGCAGCGCUUGAUUCCCAGCUGCUGGUGGUGGCAUCGGACCUGGGCAAGGAGAAGGCCAGCCAGCUGUUCUCUGAAGGCCUCUCUUUCGACCCUUCUACCUUUGUACAGCAUACUCUGUCCUUCAUGGGACUCAACUGGCUAGAAGAAGAGGGGGAGAGCUCAGACGAAGGAGCGGCCACAUCGCACGGCUCCCUUCCCCGGAAUGCCUGGCACAGGCUGGCCGGCCGAGCCGAGGCGUGCUUCCGGAGCACCCCGGCCUUCCACUUCAUUUACGGCUCGUUCCAGGCAGAGCCCCCUCCCCCGAAGCCGCGGGUGGAGCGACAGAGGAAAGCUCCCACCAAGGAGGCCAAGAGGAUCAUGCCUACUCAGUUGAAGAAGAUGGAGGAGUCCCAACAGGAGGCCACGGAGAAGGAGGUGGAGAGGAUCCUGGGCUACUUGCAGCAGUACCACAAUCAGGACCCCACUUCGCCGAUCUCCUAUUAUGAGUUUGUCAUCAACCCCCAUUCGUUCUCUCGAACGGUGGAGAACAUCUUCCAUACGUCGUUCUUAGUCAGGGAUGGUUUAGCAAGGAUGUACAUGGAUGAUGCCAAGAUGCCCUGCAUUGGUCCUGUGGAGGACGGUAUGGCGGAAGAGGGCACAGCCUCCGUCCGUAAACAGUGCGUCGUUUCCAUCAGCCUGCAGGGCUGGAGGGAGCUCCGAGAAGACUUAGACAUCCAAGAAUCGAUGAUCCAGCCACCAACGUCGCAAACUCAAUGACGGGUUAUUGCCUUUUGUAUCAAUUUUAUUUUAAAAUGUAUUUUUUAUAUUCUAGAGUAUACAUGUUCCUCACAAAUUCUGCCAAAUUUUGAUCCAUUUUCUGAAGGAUUUUCCUCAACCCUUCCUAUUUGUAUAUUUUGGUUGCUUUUAUUUACCGUUUUAAGAAAAUGUGUUCAAAUAAAACAUCAGUUUUUAGAUCAGUGUACCAUUCCUCCAUGCUUUAAUUGAUAUGAAUGAUACUAGAAAUGGCCCGAGUUUCACAGUUUGGUACACAGGAAACUAGGGUGACUCAAGUGCGAAGCAAAAGGGACAGGUCUCAGGAACGGGUCUCAAGUGGUCUCGCACCACUUGAGUCUUCCUUGAGUCCAUCAGAACCUGACCCUGUUUGAUGAUGAACCCCAGGAAAGCCACCUCAGUGACAUGAAACUCACACUUCUCUGGUUUUACAUACAAGUGAUUCAUUACAAUUCUGGACACACAUGAGACUUUAAUGUGCCAACACAUUUCGUCAGUGUUCGUGACGAGACUUGGAAAAAAUCUAAACGUCAUCCAAAUAAACAAACACAAAAUGGUUAAACAUGUCACGCAAAACAUCAUUUAUCAGGGCUUGGAAAACAGCUGGGGCAUUAGUGAGUCCAAAGGGCAUUACUUGGUAUUCAGUGUCCAGAGGGGGUGGGCUGUUUUCAGUGGAGAGGGCAUCCUUCAUGUAGUCAUCCAUGGUCCCCCUUUCUGGCAAGGAGAGCGAGAAGAUCCGACCACGUGAAGGACUUGAUCCUGGCAUGAGUUCUAUGGAACAAUCGUAAGACCGAUGGGGUGGAAGUGUGCUGGCCCUUUGUUUGCUAAAAACCUCCAGAUACUUGGUUGGAACAUUGCUUAGCUCGGAGGGAUCUGGAGACUUGGACACGGGGGAAGGCCUAGAAAAAAAAGGCAGGUGGCAUGGCAAGUUGGACCCCAGGAUGGACCCCGUCGACCAAUCAAUUUGUGGGUUGGGACGGUUCAGCCACGGGAAACCCAGGACCACAGGAAAUUCUGGGGAGUCAAGCAAAUGCAAGGAAAUACUCUCGUUGUGAUUCCCGACACGAAGGCGAAGUGGAUCCAAAAAACAUAAACUCAGUCCAAGAAUCCAAAAAGGCAAAACACAUUGACAGUAAAUUCAAGGGGUAAUCCGAAAGGCAGGGUAAGCAGACAGGCAAAGGUUGGCAACAAGAUCAAUUCAGAAAGAGCGAACAAAUCCACAGGGUAAUCCAAAACUCAAAAAGUCAAAGAACUU